UAUCAAGGUGAUGCAGGCUCAAGUUUUAAGUGCCGUUGUAAAUCGAGUGCACAUAUCGAGAACAAUAAAUUAUGGACAGAAUUAUAUAACUGAUCUCAAAUACGCUAAUGAAGGAAGAGUGUGCGUUUCUGUUGUAAACACAAAAUUAGCCAAUCCUUCCUGUGUGUUUAAAGAUGAUUCUAUUCCGUUUCUCUCUACCCAUGGUUCCUGUUUGUGUGUAUAUACAGAUGCCAAAUUGCAUGAGAGUUUCUUGUUUUGGAAUAUUUGUGAGAGAUCAUUUAUGGAAUGCUGCUUGAGAAAUCUUAGCAUUGUUCCUUUUCCAGGUGAUCUAUAUAACCUUGAUGAUAUCCUCAGUUUUUGGCCUCUGUCAGAUAAAUCAGCUAGUGGAUACACACAAAAGUGGCCAGAUGAACUAACUAGUGGAUACACACCAAAUGGAUAAGCGAUGUCCAAAUCGGGAGCAAUUUUGAUUUCUCUGUGGAACCAUCAAAUGCACAAGCGUUUGCUUGGUAAAGUAGUCAAGUUAUCAAAAUUCGGAAAAAAACAUUUUGAAAUAGAGUCCGACAAAAAUCGUCCCCUUUUUAUUUGCCCGACCCACAUAGCAGAAAACGGAAAUGGAGACAUCUGCGUUUCUGAUGUGAACGCCGUGGUCGUCACGGACGCAGGGGGAUUUCUGAGAUUCCGCUACACAGGAGCACAAAGUGACCCUCAGUUUGAUCCAUACGGCAUCUGUUGUGAUUCCAAGAAUAACAUCAUUGUAGCAGACAUGAUGAAAAAUAGAAUUCACGUGAUCAAUCAGAACGGCGAGCUACUUCACUACAUUCAGUAUAAAGACAUGCACAUGCCACGUGCUCUCUGUAUAGACGAGCAUGACAAUCUGUAUGUCGGGGAAUGGUUGUCUGAAGAAAUCAAAGUCCUCUCACUCUAAUGA